UGGACAAUAAAAGGGCGCUCACAAGCCUUGCUGAGCACACACUCCUGAAGUAUCAGACCUCCACGGACAUACAGUCGUCUCUGUAGUGCAGCCUAAAUCAGCCAAGAUGUGCAACGGUAUUCUCAAAAUUAUGAUGUUCAUCUUCAACGGUGUCAUCUUUUUGGCAGGUGUAGCCAUUCUAGGAGUUGGUGUGUGGGUUACGGUGGACAGCGACUCUCUGCUGGGUUUGCUGGAUGGUGUUGAAGACCUUCCAGAUGAGGUGUUCCGACUGGCCUAUGUGGGCUACGUGAUGAUCGGCGUAGGCGCUGCGCUUUUGGUCAUCGGCUUCCUGGGAUGCUGCGGAGCCAUCAUGGAGAACAGGUGUAUGCUGCUGACGUUCUUUAGUGUCGUGCUGAUCAUCUUCCUCAUCGAGGUUGCAGGAGCUGUGGUACUGUUCGUCUUUGACGAUGUGGCUGAGGAUAUUUUUGACAAUUUGGAGGACGAAGUGAGGAAAACCAUUCAAAAAAAUUACGGAGAGGAUGAAAAAAUGACCUCUCUGUGGAAUGCAACUAUGGAGCAGUUCGAGUGCUGCGGAUACAAAAACUACACAGAUUUUGAUGACUCCCCUUUUAACCGCCCAGAGGAUAAUUACCCCUCCCCGUGUUGCUCUGGUACCAUGGUGGUAUGCAGUUCACAUAAUGCAGCUUUAUUGAGUGUUCCAGGCUGCUUUGUUAAGCUGGUGGAUUGGUUGGAGGAGAACUCUGUGAUCAUCGCUGGUGUAGCGAUGGGAGUAGCUGCUCUUGAGAUCGCUGCCAUGGUGGUUUCUAUGAUUCUCUACUGCAAUGCUGGCAGGAAGUCAUAAUGAUUGAUGCUGGAGUUGAUAUGAAAAACAUUGUAGUUGGUUCUAAUAAAAAAGCACCUCUAUGUAAAAAAGCUGUUGUUUAAUUGAAGCAGGGCGAUUCACACAUGAAGAGAUGGGACUCUUCAUACAUCCAUUCGUUGAGAACUGAAAUGUAGACGGAUUAAUAAUGCAUUCUGAAUUUCAGAAAUGUCUUUGUUUACAUUUAUACUGUAAUUUAUUUAAGGUUUAGGAAGUGUUUACCUCAGCUGAGGUUUGUGCUGAUGCAAUCAUGUAAUGACGCACACUGAGUUGACAUCUGCUAAACAUUUGUGUGUGUUUUAUGUUACUCACAUGUAUGGAAAUAAUAGAAUACAUUUAUUUUGUAUAUUUAAUCAUGCAGGGAUGAUGAAUGUAACUCUGUGUCUUUGGUUUAACUUUGUAAGUUGUUUGUACAGGUGUGUGCAAUAAACAUGAAUGGCAGAUCA